UUCAUUUUAAAUAUCUCUAAGUUUCAAACAAGUGUUUUGAGAUUUAAAUUUUUAAGAUAUUACAUUUUUUUUCAAUGGAAUUUAAUUUUUUUAUUUUAAUAUCUAUUGUCAUUUUCGUUUUGAAUCCUACUGAAGGAGUACAACCCAAAAGAAAAUAUAAUCAGCAUUAUAAAAAUUACAUCCAAACAGUCGUGGCACAUAUUCAUUCACAAAUUGGUUCAUAUCAAAUGCAAAAUUUAAAACUAAAACAAUCUUUAAAUUAUCCCGAUUUAGAGGAAAAUAAUAUAUCAAAUGAUUUCUCAUGUAACUAUCGUUACACAAUAAGUGUACUCAAUUUUAAGUACACUGAAAUACUUAAAAAAUUUCUUUAUUACAUAAACAUUAUUAUUGAUAAAUGUAAGCAAUCUCAUGAAAGAAAUUUAUCGGAAAAUUUUAUUAGUUGUGUAUCGUUACUUGAAACAGAAGUGAAAAAUUCCAAGUCUAUGUUUGAAUAUCUCCACAAUGCUAUGAAGUUUAUAAGCUACAUAGAUAUAAGGUUUUUGUUUCAUGAAGGCCUCGCACCGCAUCCCAUAAUUGAUGAAAUUGAUUUUUUUCAACAAUUUGUAAAAAAAUUAGAGACCACCUAUUUUAUUGACAUUAACAUCUUACCAAAUCUUGAAGAUUCUAAAACGACAUAUGAGAAUUUGAAACAAUUUUAUGAAGACGCAUUAGAAAUACUAAACGAUCUUUUCCAAAAUAGUCAAAUCAUCGAUAUUUCUGAUUUUAAUACAGAUUUGAAAGAAAAUCAAAUUAAAGAAUGCUCUAUUGAUUCAAAUAUUAAUAUUGAUGACUGUUCUAACGAAAAUAACAUUGCUAAUGUUUAUUCUAUGUGCAGUGAACUUAAUUCUUUUUAUAACGAAACCAUAGAAAUUUGGUACAAAAAUAUUGGCUUUGAAAAGUUGCUUAACCCAGAAACACCUGAUUUCACACCACCAAUAGAUCCAGAAAUAAGACAGGAUGAUAGCAUUAAUGCUCUCAAUAUUCUUCGUUUGGAAACUGGUUGGAAAUCAAUGAAUCACAUAAAUAUAGUUUAUUAUAAGAAAUACUACGAUGUAGAUUAUAUAAUAAAAGAAAAAAUUAAUGAUAUAAAUUUUCGAAUAAAAAAAGAACACGUAGUACAAUUAUUAAGAUGUAAGUAUACAGAAGUAUUAAAAAACUACCAAACAUUAUUAUCUGCUAUAUUGUUUAUAUGCAAAAAAGAUUCAAUUGAUCACCAAAACAAAUGUUUAAUUCAAUUAUUUAAAUCAUUUAACAAAUCUAAAAAAAUGCUUAAAGGGUUGUAUAAUGCUUUAAUUACAUUAAAUAAAUCAUCAAUAUGGACAUUUAAAAUAAACUCUCUUUCCAGUUUACAUAGAAUAUUUGAAUGGAUAUCAUAUAGUCUCAAUUUAUUGAAGAAAAAUAACUAUUUUCAAAUUGAUUUUGUCGAUCAAAAUGAUAAUGAAAAAAUUAAUGAAAUAAUUCAAAGUCUUCUGCACAUUUUUCAAGAUUAUCUUGAUAUCAUUUAUUAUAAGAUUACUAAUUGCAACACGAGUCGUUUUGACACCUGGUGUCAUUUUACAAAAAAUCUUUUUUUUGAUAGGAAAAAUAUAAUAAAAUAUUUCAGGAAUUCAGUUAAUACAUUGAAUGAUCCAAAUACUACUCCAAAAAUCCAAACUUAUCAAAUUGCGUGUCAUUUUUUUGACAACUUUUGUGAAAAUAUUUACAAUAAUUGUUACAAAAAUCUGGGUUUCGAAAAAAUUAACUGUCACGAUACUAAUAUAGACGAAAGACUUAAACCAUUUAUUGUGGAUUAAAUGGGAGUUUUAUUAUUACAUCACUAAAUACUAAAUGUUAGAUACUGACAAGUUAAUUUUCAUAAGUAGAUUUCUUAAAGUUAUAAUUACAUUAUUGUUAACUAUUAAUGUUUAGACUUCACAUAUAUAUUUUAGAUCAUUCCCAAAAAUCUUAUUUUGUUUUACUUAUCACAUAAGUCUUUCUUUGUAAAUUCCAUGUAUUUGUUACAUACUUACUACAAUAUAAUUAUAAAAAUUAUUUCUUUAAGUAAUAAAUAUAUUAUAGCUAUAAUAAUAUUGAGAUGAAAAUUAAUAAAUAUGAGUGCUCUCAUAUGUUUACACAUGAAGAAUUCACCGCCGAAUAGAAAUUCUCGGCCUCUGUCCCCAGGUCCACUAAUCCGCAUGAUCUUGAUUGCCUCACACCAGGGUACUUUCUUAUAUAACAACCGUUACUUGCUGUUCCGCCGCGUACUGGGCUUUCUGGCAUAGGUGGUCAUCGGAAUACUUGUCCACUUUACAACAAAGAGCUAAAUGGUUAACUGAUCAACCACAAAUGAUUGCGUGGGCGACAUGGUCAUUAUUAAAGAUAACUCGUGUCUCCAUUAAUGUGGUGCUUAGGUAGAAUAAUGGCAUUAACGCCAGGACCCGAUAAAAUUGCGCGUGCAGUGCGCGUUCAAACCGCCCAUGGUACACUUGUGCUCCCUGUUGUUAAAUUAGUAGUCUUGCCCACCGAUCCUAAUGAUUCCAUACAUCCUUAAAUUAUACAUUUUAUUUUCUAAUAUUAUAAAAGUGAUAAGUCACAUUCUAUUGACUUAUUUUUAGCUUCGAUACGACGCUGAGAAGGUAUUGAUUUUACUAUGUGUUUUUUGUUUUGUAUGUGUUACUAUUUUUUCUCAGCUCUUCUCACUGAACUGAUUUCUUUCAAUGAUACUUCAAAAGAUCACAAAUCGUAUCUAGUCGAAGACAUUACCCUCAAAAAUUAAAAAUUUUCCCUCGUUCCCCGUAAAUGGGGGAAACAUCCGAAAAAAUUACAAAUUUAAAAAUGGCUAAUUUUCGACAUUUUUUCAAUUUUUUUUACUAAAAACUGCCGUAACUUUUUUAAAAAUAAACAUAUCAAUAUAAUUCUUUUUUUUAUAGAUGCAUGAUGUCAUUACCUAUCAUUUGCUAUAUAUUUUUUUUAUAUCUG